AUGGAUGACGACUUCGCCGAGCUCGAGCUUUUGUCGCUCGUGUCAAAGGUUACCUCUGAGCUUCAGAAUCACUUAGGCAUUUCCGAAAAGACUCUAGCCGAAUUUAUUAUUGCUAAACGACUAGAAUGCAACGGUUUCUCCGAGUUUAAGAGCGAGUUGGCCAAAUUAGGCGGCGCAAGUUGGCCUGACAGUUUAUUCGACAGUGUCGAUCGUCUGGUCCGGACUAUGCAUCCUAAAUUCAGGGCCGAGAAGGAAGCAGCAGAGGAAGACCAUCAGCCAGUUCGGACCUUCGAAGAGAAAGAGACACUUUUCAAGGGCCUUAGCAUUCCUGACAAGGAAGUUAAGGCUGGAAAUGGGGACGAUAUCGAUGAGACGUUAGCGCUAUUGGAAGGAUUGGAGGGUAAGGCUAGAGGCACGCGUUCAGAAAGAGCAUCGAGAAAACGGUCACGUAGCCCCGAGAGAGAAGACGGUACGGACUCGGGACAUAAGAGAAAAGAGAGAUACCGUUCUAGGGAUCGUAAGGAUCAUAGAGAUCGAGGAUAUGACGAUGAUGAUUAUAAAAGUAGCUUUAGAGAACGAGGAAGCCGAAGGGACGGGCGCGACGAACAUCGAUCACACCGCAACGGUGACAAAGAGAGGAGACGGAAAUAUGACGACGAGGACGACAAUGAUCGUAGACUCAAGUACGCUCCCGAACCCGAAGUCGACGAUUCACCUAUAUUAUACAAAGUAUACGAUGGUCAUGUCACUGGUCUUAAAGAUUUUGGCGCAUUCGUCAAUUUACAUGGUGUGAAAGGCAAAGUAGAUGGAAUGGUACAUAUUUCAAAUCUAGUUCAAGGCCAAAGAGUCAAUCACCCUUCGGAUCUAUUGACAAGGGGUCAGGAUGUCAAGGUCAAAGUUGUCAAGAUUGAAGCGAACAGAAUAGGACUAUCUAUGAAGGAUGUCGAUCAGGAGACAGGUAUGGACCUUGCACCUCAAGCUAGAAUACAGUCGGGCGCCAAUAUGGAGAGUCUUGGUAGUCGGAACGGUGUUGCUCCUCGAAACGACGACAAUUUGGCUGCACUUUCUAAUUAUACUGGCCCUCCGAGACAGCAUAAAAAGAGGAUGACCUCUCCAGAACGAUGGGAGAUACGACAACUUAUUGCUUCCGGCGUGGCCAAAGCUUCAGAUUAUCCCGAUUUAGAAGAGGAUUAUAAUGCUACAUUGAGAGGAGAAGGUGAAAUGGAAUUAGAAGAGGAAGUCGAUAUUGAAGUGAGGGAGGAGGAACCCCCCUUCCUCACGGGUCAAACAAAGCAAUCACUCGAAUUAUCGCCGAUUAGAGUUGUGAAGGCGCCAGAUGGUUCAUUGAACCGUGCGGCAAUGUCAGGUACGGCACUAGCGAAGGAAAGGAAGGAACUACGACAACAAGAAGCGGAAGCUGCACAGGAUGACUCAAAGGUCGAUCUUGCAUCUCAAUGGCAAGACCCAAUGGCAAACCCUGAUAAUAGAAAAUUUGCUAGUGAUUUGCGCACUACAAAAACAAUUGCGCCAAAACCUGACGCCGUACCUGAAUGGAAGAAAGCUGUCGCACCUAAAGAUCAAUCAUUUGGUAGACGAACCAAUAUGUCUAUUAAGCAACAAAGGGAAAGCCUUCCCGUCUUCGCUUUCCGAAAUCAGCUUAUUAAAGCUGUGCACGAGAAUCAAAUCCUAAUUGUCGUAGGUGAGACUGGAUCCGGCAAAACUACUCAACUUACUCAGUACCUUGCUGAGGCCGGCUUCACCAACAAUGGCAUGAUAGGUUGUACACAACCACGUCGCGUCGCAGCCAUGUCCGUGGCAAAGCGUGUCGCGGAAGAAGUUGGCUGUCAGUUGGGUCAAGAGGUCGGCUAUACCAUUCGUUUCGAGGACUGCACAAGCCCAGCAACCAAAAUCAAGUACAUGACAGAUGGUAUGUUGGAGCGUGAGAUCCUGCUUGAUCCCGAUCUAAACCGAUAUUCGGUUAUCAUGCUGGAUGAAGCCCACGAGCGAACUAUCGCAACCGAUGUUCUUUUCGCGCUUCUCAAGAAGACCAUCAAGCGUCGAAGCGACUUGAAGAUCAUUGUCACAUCAGCUACUCUAGACGCUGACAAAUUCUCGGCCUACUUCAACGAGUGUCCCAUCUUCACCAUUCCCGGUCGCACGUUCCCUGUGGAAAUCUUAUAUAGCAGAGAACCUGAGUCGGACUACCUCGAUGCAGCUCUGGUGACGGUCAUGCAGAUCCACCUUACGGAACCCCCUGGAGACAUCUUGGUCUUCCUUACGGGCUCGGAGGAAAUCGACACUGCGGCAGAAAUUCUGUACGAGCGAAUGAAGACCCUUGGCCCGGGUGUCCCUGAGCUGAUCAUUCUUCCGGUAUACUCAGCACUCCCCAGUGAGAUGCAGAGCAGGAUUUUUGACCCUGCGCCUCCUGGCUGUAGAAAGGUUGUGAUAGCUACCAAUAUCGCCGAAACCUCUAUCACAAUUGAUCACAUCUACUACGUUGUGGAUCCCGGCUUCGUCAAGCAGAAUGCUUACGAUCCAAAGCUUGGCAUGGAUUCUUUGGUUGUCACGCCUAUCUCGCAAGCUCAAGCUAACCAACGCGCCGGCCGUGCCGGACGAACCGGUCCAGGCAAAUGCUUCAGAUUGUAUACUGAGGCCGCCUAUCAGUCUGAAAUGCUUCCGACCACCAUUCCGGAGAUCCAGCGCCAGAAUCUAGCGAAUACAAUUCUUAUGCUCAAGGCUAUGGGUAUUAACGAUCUCCUUCACUUCGACUUCAUGGACCCGCCACCUACAAACACCAUGUUGACUGCCCUAGAAGAAUUGUAUGCCCUGUCAGCAUUGGACGACGAAGGCCUUCUAACUCGUCUUGGUCGUAAGAUGGCCGAUUUCCCUAUGGAACCCGCCUUAGCUAAAGUCCUGAUCGCCGCGGUUGAUAUGAGCUGUUCCGACGAGAUUCUUAGCAUCGUAGCCAUGUUGAAUCUUAACGUGUUUUACCGACCGAAGGAAAAGCAAUCUCAAGCCGAUCAAAAGAAGGCCAAAUUCCACGAUCCGUCCGGCGAUCAUCUUACCCUUCUCAACGUCUACAACGCCUGGAAGCAGAGCGGCUUUUCGGCUCCGUGGUGCUUUGAGAACUUCAUCCAAGCACGUUCAAUGAAGCGAGCGAAAGAUGUCCGCGAGCAGAUAGCGAAAAUUAUGCAGCGCUAUCGACAUCCCAUCGCUUCCUGCGGCCAAGAUACCCAGAAGGUCAGACAAGCUCUGUGCUCGGGCUUCUUCCGCAACUCAGCAAGAAAAGACCCUCAGGAAGGCUACAAGACUUUGGUCGAGGGUACACCAGUCUACCUACAUCCAAGCUCGGCACUAUUUGGAAAACAGGCAGAGUGGGUCAUCUAUCACACGCUGGUUCUCACCACAAAGGAAUACAUGCAUUACACCACUAGCAUCGAACCUAAGUGGCUUGUCCAAGCUGCACCUACCUUCUUCAAGGUUGCGCCUACGGACAAGCUCAGCAAGCGGAAGAAGGCUGAGAGGAUCCAACCGCUAUACAAUAAGUACGCAGCAGAAGACGACUGGAGACUCAGCGCCCAGCGAAAGGUUGGACGGUCUGGCGGAGGAGGUGGUACCUGGGGUUAA